CGUAACGGCCCCGUAGGUGGGUGUCAAUGCAAGCGGGGCAAACUCGCCUCGUUACGCAUAGCCGACUCUCCUGGUGUCCCAGGAGGAUGUGUCCUGGUGCUUCAGGAAUGAGAACAGACAGAAACUGGUUCUGGUCAGGGGCUCUGCUCCUGGUACUCGUGUCCCAGUGCUCUCUGGCAGUGGAAAGACGUUAUUACAUUGCAGCGGUUCUAACGGAAUGGGAUUACUAUGGAGAUCAAAGGGGAGGCCAGACUUACAAGAAGGUGGUUUUCAGGGAAUAUGAUGCUGAAUUCAAGCAAGCCAAGCCCCAUCCAUCUUGGUCAGGGCUGCUGGGUCCCACUCUGCGUGGAGAGGUGGGGGAUGUCAUUGUGGUCACCUUCAGGAACAUGGCUGACCGGACCUACAGCCUCCACCCACAUGGCAUAGAGUACGGGAAACAGUCCGAGGGAUCUCUCUACUUUGACAACACCUCCCUGUUUGAGAAGAAGGAUGACGUAGUGAAUCCGGGUGGGGAGCACAAGUACAUCUGGGAGGUCACCAAGGAGAUUGCGCCCACAAUGGAUGACCCGCCGUGUCUCACUUACACCUACUUCUCCCAUGUCAACCUGGUCAAGGACUUCAACUCCGGGCUGAUUGGGGCCCUGCUCAUUUGUAAAGAAGGGAGCCUCAGUGACACUGGCAAGCAGAUCUCUUUUGACCAGGAACAUGUGCUCCUUUUUGGUGUAUUUGAUGAAAGUAAGAGCUGGUACAGGACAGAGGAGGCAGAGCCUGCUGGUCCAAUCAAGUACUCCAUCAAUGGCUAUAUCAAUGGAUCACUGCCAGAUUUGAAGAUCUGUGCCUACGACCAUGUGAGCUGGCACCUGGUGGGGAUGAGCUCCGAGCCGGAGCUCUUCUCCAUCCAUUUCAAUGGGCAGGUCCUGCAGCAGAAGGGGCACAAGCUCUCCACCAUCGAUCUCGUCGCCUCCUCCUGCACCUCAGCCAACAUGACCGCCAUGCACGCGGGGGUCUGGCUGCUGUCCUCGAAAAUCUUUAAGCACCUAGAGGCUGGGAUGCACGGAUACCUGGAGGUGCAAUCCUGUGAGAGCAAGGCUCCUAUAACACGAAGACUCACAGUCCAGCAGAAACGCCAGAGUAGUGAAUGGGUUUACUACAUUGCUGCGGAAGAAAUAAUCUGGGACUAUGCACCAAAUUUGCCUGGAUAUGUUGAUAGGGAGUACAAGUCAAAAUAUUUGGAACCAAGGGCUGAUCGGAUUGGCAGGAAGUACAAGAAGGCAGUCUAUGUCCAGUAUAAGGAUGCUAAUUUCACGAAAAUGGAAGAAGGAGCAAGGAAGAAUGAAACUGGAAUCCUCGGGCCGGCAGUGAGGGCCCAGAUCUGGGAUGUAAUAAAGAUUGUGUUCAAGAACAAUGCAAGCCGACCAUACAGUAUUUAUCCCCAUGGGCUCACCAUCAGCAAGUCAGAGGAAGGAGCCAGCUAUCCUAAAGACGGCUCAGACAAUGGCCAGCAUGAGGUGAAGCCAGGAGAGACGCACACUUACACAUGGAAGGUGACAGAGGAAGAUGUGCCGGCACAGAAUGACCCACGGUGUCUGACCAGGAUGUACCACAGCGCCGUGGACGUGGCCAAAGAUAUAGCCUCAGGCCUUAUCGGGCCACUGCUCAUCUGCAAGAGCCAGUCCCUCAACAAAAGAAACAUGCAGCUGAAGGCCGAUAAGGAGCAGCAUGCAGUUCUGGCAGUUCUUGACGAGAACAAAAGUUGGUACAUUGAGGAAAACAUUAGAAACUACUGCACAGAUCCCUCAAAGGUCAACAAAGAAGACCCCAAAUUUUAUGAAUCCAACAUUAUGCGUUCAAUAAAUGGCUUUGUGUACGACAGUGGACAAGUCCUUGGAUUUUGCCACGGAGAGAUCGUUACUUGGCACGUGUCAAGUGUCGGGGCACAGGACUACAUAGAGACUCUCCACUCCUAUGGUCACACGUUUGAUCUUUAUGAUAGAAAAGAAGAUGUUCUGAGCCUCUUUCCUAUGAGUGGAGAGACCAUAGCAAUGGACAUGGAUAAAAUAGGACACUGGCUUUUGGCAUCUUUAAACGCCCAUUACAGUAACAAGGGAAUGAGGCUAAAGUUCAAAGAUCUUGAAUGCAUUAAUGACUCUUCUGAUGAGUGGGAAACUGAUAGUGAACCAUCAGACAUACUUCUGUGGGAACCCGAGGAAUGGGUAGUUGACACAAAAACUGAAAUUCUAGAACCAAAGGAAUAUACAAACACGGAUGACCCAGAAACAGAUUACUGGAUUUCUCAGCUUCAAAUUCGGUCACUCAGAAACAAAUCUCAGGGACUUGUAGCUGAGGAAGACCUGCUUGAUCUGUCUUCGGUGCUUAGAGAGGGUGAUGAGACUAACAUAACAGAGCAUCAAAGAACAGGAGCUGUUCCUGGAGAUUUUAAAACCUCUGCAGAGGGAAACACGACAGAAAGUCAAAGGACAUCAGUUGAAGACUCAUUUUAUAUUUUUUCUGGUCCUGGAGAUUAUAAUCAGACUUUAACAAGAAAUAACAUGACAGAGAGUCAAAGAGCCUCAGUUGAAGACUCAUUUGAUAUUUCUUCUGGUCCUGGAGAUUAUAAUCAGACCUCAGCAGGAGGAAACAUUACAGAGAGUCAAAGACCAUCAGUUGAAGACUCAUUUGAUAUUUCUUCUGGUACUGGAGAUUAUAUUCAGACCUCAACAAGAACAAACAUGACAGAGAGUCAAAGAGCCUCAGUUGAAGACUCAUUUGAUAUUUCUUCUGGUCGUGGAGAUUAUAAUCAGACUUUAGCAGGAGGAAACAAGAAAGAGAGUAAAAGAGCAUCAACUGAAGAAGACUUGUUUGAUAUUUCAUCUAGACCUCAAGAUUAUAAUCAAACCUUGUCCAGAGAAAAUUUGAACCAAACAUCAUUGGCUCAGAAAGACAUCUUAGAACUCUCUUCUGGACUCAAGGAUUAUAACCAGACGUUAUCAGGAAAAAAACAAACUAUUUUAGCUGCAGCUACAUUACAGAAUAAUACUAACCCUGAGCAAGCAGAUAAUGAGGACCUUGAGUUCACUGAACUGCCACUACUUGAGGGACCCAUAGAGGAAAGCAGAAAUAACUCAAAAGCAAUCUUGGUGAACACAACAAUGACAGAAGAGUUUGAUUUAAAAAACAAAGAAGUUGAAAUGUCUACUGUAAAACCAGAAACACUGUGGUCAGGUCUUCAAGAAAUUAAUCUUCCUGAUCCCAUUUCCCUCUCUGAAGAAAAUGCAACAGACAUCCAGGAAAAUGAAACAGGAGUGCCGGUUCCGAAGAGUAACUGGACAUUGGAAAUGGUAAGUGCUCAGAUGGAGGAGACAGGAGAGCUUGUGGAAAGCCAGUUCCAAAAUUAUUCUGCCUCACAGUGGGAGGAGGUACAGAAAGAAAGCGUGCAAAGCUCAAAAAUGGACAAUGUAUCAUCUGGGGAUUCCGAUAUUGCAACAUCCAAUAAAGACAUGUUUGUUUAUUCUGUCAGUCUCUCAAACAAAUGGACUAGUGAUAGAUCUAGUGAAUCAAAGAGCAAAAGUGAUGCUGAUUUUGUCUUGCUGGAUAGUGGCACUGUGGAAAUUCUUUUGGAUAAUACUAAGAAUCCUGCAAACAUACAGGACACUGACAUCCAAUACAGCAUUCUGUCUCCCAAAGCUGCUGGUAAUGGAGAAGAUCAGAACAAUAUCACAGACUUUUCAAGUUCCACAAUAGAUCAAAAUGGGAAAAAUGCAAAUAUGAAUUUAUUCAAUGCAAGCCGUUUGAAGGACUUGAAUUUUACUGGCUCCACUGAAUUUGGGAAGGACACUGUUGCCACUUUACCAAACCAAACAUUGGAAACAAACACUCAUUCUGAAGAAGGAAACCUCUGGGUCCUUCCACCAUCUAGUUUGCCUCAAGACCCCAAAGAUGUUUUUAAUGGAACCGAUGUCCAUAGAAUGGAGGACCAGUCAUCUGAUACACAGCCAGCCAGUACAGGCAAUGAGACCUCUCCAGGAGUAUCUUCACCGGCUUUAGAAACUGGUCCAAACGUAACAACAGUAAACCUUGGGUUUGAACACUGGAAUGCACCAGAUCCAGUGAGCUCAGAGAGCGAAGAGGACAUUCCCUCUGCAGAGUUUGAUGAGCACUUGAACACAACCCCAUCUCCAGGUACUGUAAAUGAGUCCUCUUCAGAUACCCACAUUACGUUUUCUUUAAUCAGAGAACACACAGAAGACAGCUUGAGCACGUGGACUUCCCCAACACCCCCCAGUAACUCGACAGAAACUCUUAACCCACAUGACUUGGACUACGAUGGACAUUCAGAAGAGGACAAGUCUUCUUCCAGGGGAAAUGCAGGAAAUGUACUGAUCUGCCUGAAGAACACGAGUACGCAAGGCAUUCUCACUACUUCUCUGGAUCCCUCAAAGAGACACUGGGGUUACGAGGGAAAACAUCAAAGUGUGCCCGUGAAGGUCCCAUCUCACAUAACAAAAUACAUGCACAAUGAAUCAACAGCUGGACAAGACCACAAAACCAAAAUUAAACCUCAGAGCCAGAGACGCAGGAAAAAGGAUGGGGUCAAAGUUAAAAGAAGGAGGAAAACAAAGCCUGAAUCCAGGAGUAGUGUCAUCUCCCCAAGAGGACACAAGCCCCAGACUGCUGGCCCCAGAUCGUUUGGGCCGGUCAAGAGUGAAGACGAUUUGAACGAACGAGCCAUCGUCAUAGGGGUGCCACGGAGAGAUUUCGACGACUAUGAGCUGUACCUCCCACUAGAAAAAGAAUACGAUGUCGACCAAAUGGAUGAGACUGCACAGAAUCUUGGGAAUGCGUAUGAGUAUGUGGAAUAUAAGGACCCUUAUGCUUCUGCUGCUGACGUGGAAGACAUUGAUAAAACUGUUAAGUAUUACUUGCAAAACAAAGAAGGCAACGUGAGAAUCUACUACAUAGCUGCAGAGGAAGUCGAAUGGGACUAUGCUGGCUACAAAGGGCAAAGGAGGGAUGAGGAGGUCACCGACAGCAGAAGGAACACGCAGUAUAAGAAAGCCAUUUUCCGCAGCUACCUGGACAGUACCUUUAGCAUUCCAAGCAUUCGUGGAGAAGUAGAUGAGCACCUGGGAAUUCUUGGUCCAAUUAUAAAAGCGGAGAUAGAUGAGAGCAUCAUAGUUGUUUUCAAAAACUCUGCUUCCCGACCCUAUUCCUUACAUGCCCACGGGGUUUCCUUUGGGAAACAAAUGGAAGGAAUGAAGUAUGACGACGAAUCCCCUCACUGGUAUCAGAAGGAUGAUGCCGUCGCCCCAGGGAGCACUUACACCUACAUCUGGCAGGCGACUGACAAAAUCGGGCCUAAAUCCGCUGAUUCAGCCUGCAGGACCUGGGCCUACUAUUCCGGAGUGAACCCUGAGAAAGACAUCCACUCAGGCCUGAUUGGGCCCCUCUUAAUCUGUCAGAAAGGAGUCCUGAGCAACACCACAGCGAACACGAGGGAAUUUGUUUUACUGUUCAUGACAUUUGAUGAAAACGAAAGUUGGUAUUUCGAAGAAAACAUGAGGAAAAGGCAGAGGAUGAAGGAUGUGGAUAUAAAUGACCCAGAGUUGAAAGAGAAGAACAAAUUCCAUGCCAUCAAUGGGAUCAUUUACAGUCUGAAGGGACUCAGGAUGUACACAAAUCAGCUCGUUAGGUGGCACUUGAUUAACAUGGGCUCCCCAAAAGACAUCCACAGUGUCCACUUCCACGGACAGACCUUUCUAAACCGACAGAACAGGGACUAUCGAAUGGGAGUCUACCCUCUGCUUCCUGGUGACUUUGCUACUGUGGAAAUGAGGCCCUCUAAGCCAGGCCUGUGGCUGCUAGAGUCCGAAGUGGGAGAGUUCCAGCAGAAGGGGAUGCAGACUCUGUUCCUGCUUUUAGACGAAGACUGUGGCAAUCCCUUGGGUCUGCAGCAACAAAGUGUGAAAGACAACCAGAUAACUGCUUCCCAAUACAGAGGGGACUGGAAGCCCCAUUUAGCAAGACUUCACAACACAGGCAAAUACAACGCCUGGAGUGUUGACGAGAACACGGCUAACUCACUCUGGAUCCAGGUGGAUUUUCAGAGGCCAGUGGUGAUCAGUAAAAUAGCCACACAGGGAGCAAAGCAGCUCUUCAGCUCCUACUAUGUGCAGAAGUACUUGAUCUCCUACAGCACGGACAAGAGGAAGUGGAUCUACUACAAAGGCAGGAGUGACUCCUUUAGAAUGACCUUUGAAGGAAACCAAAAUUCCUACAAUGUGAAGGAAAACGUGUUUUACCCCCCCAUGAUCGCACGGCUGGUCCGGCUGCACCCGGUGGAGUCUUACGGCACGCCCACUGUGCGGAUGGAGUUCUACGGAUGUGAGCUGGACGGAUGUUCCAUUCCCUUGGGAAUGGAAAGCGGAGACAUCCCUAACGACAUGAUAACAGCCAGCUCUGUCUACUCCAACUGGUUGAAGGGGAUGUGGCAGCCCUCGUUCGCUCGGCUGAAUAACCAAGGAAACGUCAACGCCUGGAGGGCAAAGUCUAACAACGUAUUCCAGUGGCUCCAGGUGGAACUGAAGGAAACUAAAAAGAUUACUGGAAUCAUCACUCAAGGUGCCAAAUCUUUAGGGAAAGAGAUGUACGUCCAGACAUAUUCCCUCCAGUACAGCGAUAACGGGAGCUCCUGGAAAAUGUACUCGGACGAUACCCAGGUGGCAGAAAAGAUUUUUAUUGGAAACACGGACAACAAUGGCCAUGUAAAAAACUAUAUUUAUCCUCCAAUAUUUGCAAGAUUCAUUCGAAUUGUCCCUAAAACAUGGAACAACAGUAUCACCCUAAGAAUGGAGCUGUUAGGAUGUGACUUUGAGUGAGAAAACCGAGAUGACUGUGCAGGUUAUCCGAGAUGUUAAAUUUUACAGAAACGGAAGCUUCUCUUAAUACCAGGAAAAAAAUGUUACAUUUUAAUUUAAGUGUUCUAAAUGUUUUUGCUCAAGUGUAUCACAGGAAAUGUGUCCUGUUUUAUACUUUAUAAAAUGAACUUUAAGUAAGAUUAUGUAAAAAGAGAAAUCUGGUGUAAAAUAUUUUAUAUAAAAUGUUUAUCAGUUUAAUCAUUG